AUGUCGUUUCCAGAGUUUCCACGUUCGACAAGAGAAGAUGAGUCUUUUUACAGACAAUGUAGAGCUGCAUACCUGUCAGUCUUCAAAUCUAGUCUGGCGAACAUAUCUUCAAAACAGCAGCUUUGCUGUGUUUUACAGCAAGCUGGUAGAAAUCCUUCUCAGGCUUGUCUUAAUAAAUACUGGACUGCAGGAACAUCUAAACUCAACUUUGAUGACUUCUGUGAAAUUUUGAAAAAUGAGAAGAAGACAGAUGAAAAUGACCUACUGAAAGCUUUCAGAAAACUUGACACAAAUCGUGAUGGUUAUAUAAAUCACAGUGCGUUGGAAAAGGUUCUUUCAAAUGGAGGUGAGAAAAUGACUUCUGAUGAGAUCAAAGCCAUAUUUGCAUUAGCUGAUGUCAACAAAGAUGGAAAACUGGACUACACAGAGUUCUGCAGAUUGUUUGUCUCUACAGUGGGUCAGUGUCAGAUGGCUGCUCUGGAGAGACUUGAAGCUGAUUCCAAGUUAAAGAAACAGAACUUCGGCAGUCAGUUCUACAGCCCUCCUAAGAACUCAAAAGAACCUGCCCCAUCGACAGAAAGUCCGGCAAUGGAAUCUUCCCGCUCAGAUGUAGACAGCACGGCUAAGAAAGAAAGCAGAUCCUCAUCUCGCCCCUCUUCAGCUCGUAGCAGACGAUCUUCUUUGUCUAAUGUAAUCACUAUGACUGCCAGCAACUCUAGGAUCAGCAAAGUACCAGAGCCUCCAGGUUUACAGAACUGGCAACAUACUUUUGCCAAGGGCUGUUUUUUUGUGGAAGAGGAUGGGAAUAUCACUUCUCUACAAUACCAGCUCCACAUCCCCAGAACUACAGAAGUCUACCUGACCAUUCAACCAGUCACCCUCCGUAGCCGAACCGAAGACAAGUCUGAUUGGAUGUCAACAGACACAGCUAUUUUUGUCAUGACAACUUGUGAAAUCGAGGGGGACUCAACUUUAGUUUGUUUUACUGAAUCUAAAGACAAAGAGAAGUAUGUUUGGAGAGGAGAGCUGAAGGCAGGGACUUACUACUUGCUCCCAUUCACCACUGGCUGUAAGUUUAAGAAGAGCAACAAGAAAACAAGUGAUAAACCCAAAGCCCUUGUGUACAGGACUGACACAGGAGAACUUGAUCUGUCUCGAGAACUCAGGGAGGUGCUGUGUGACAUCUUUGACUUAAUAGACCUAGAUGGCAACGGUUUGCUCAGUCUGGAUGAAUACAAUUUCUUUGAGCUCAGAAGCAGUGGGGAAAAAUGUGACAAAGAUGCCUGGUCGGUCUGCAAAGAAAACUUUGAUAUGAGAAGCAAUCAGCUAUCAAGGCAGGGGUUUAUGGAGCUAACUUUAAUGGAGGCUACAGAAAAAGAUGGGGACUCGACUGACUUGUGGGUAACCCUUCAAGCAAUGGGAUACAACCAUCAGCUUGAGCUUCUAGAGGCGUGCCCAUUCAAAAUCGAUAUUUUCUGUGAAAGUGCAAAGCCACUGGUGCACCCGAUCUGUCUGGACUCAGGGACUAGUCUUCUUCAACAAGCUAUUCACAAGUCCAUCAUUGGAAAAUCGCUGGUCAAGUCUCUGCGAGGGAAUGACAAUGUUUUGAUUUAUACAUACAAAGGAGAGCACAGGAUUUCCUCCUACAUUCUCAAUAAGACCAACCAGAAAGUGACCGUUCGUGUCAACAAUGAACAAAGCAGGAACUGCUGCAAUAGUCGGGACAUGACUGUUUUUGCUGUUGAAAUAUCUGCUCACGGACAAAUGGUUUGCCAGCACGUUCUUCCUCUUAAUGAAAAACAGGACUGGAUGUACAGCUGUAUAGAAAGCUUGCAGACAGGUCAUAGGGUGGGCUCAAAACUUGGCUCAAAAAUGGUGAAGAUAACCACAGUGCAGACCAAGCCGUACACGGACCAGAAACCAGGCACCAGCGGGCUAAGGAAAAGGGUCACUGUCUUCCAACAAAACCAAAACUAUGCGGAAAACUUCAUUCAAAGCAUCAUUUCAGUCAUCGAGCCCUCGGAGCGACAGGCUGCUACUGUGGUUGUGGGAGGAGAUGGAAGAUAUUUCAUGAAAGAUGCAAUUCGGCUGAUAGUACAGAUCGCAGCAGGCAAUGGGAUUGGACGCCUGGUGAUUGGUCAGAAUGGCAUUAUGUCGACUCCAGCUGUCUCUUGUGUGAUCCGCAAGAUGAAUGCAGUGGGAGGGAUUAUCCUCACAGCUAGUCACAACCCCGGAGGACCUAAUGGGGACUUUGGAAUCAAGUACAACAUCUCAAGUGGAGGCCCUGCUCCUGAAGGUAUUACAAACAAAAUCUUUGACAUCAGCAAAAGCCUCCAGGAGUACUACAUCUGUCCAGAGUUGAAAGUAGAUAUUUCACAAAUUGGAAAACAGACAUUUGAAGUUGACACCUUCAAACCUUUUACAGUCGAGAUUGUGGACUCUGUUGACGCUUAUGCAGAGAUGCUGAGAGGAAUUUUUGACUUUGCUGCGCUGAAGGAGCUUCUCUCAGGACCUAACCACAUCAAUGUUCGUCUUGAUGCAAUGCAUGGAGUGGUUGGCCCAUAUGUAAAGAAAAUAGUCUGUGAAGAGCUGGGUUCUCCUGCCAAUUCUGCUGUCAACUGUGUUCCUCAAGAAGACUUUGGAGGCCACCACCCUGACCCUAACCUGACCUAUGCUGCGGAUUUAGUAAACACAAUGAAAGGAGGAGAAUAUGACUUUGGGGCUGCAUUUGAUGGCGAUGGUGACCGUAACAUGGUGCUUGGUAAACAUGGAUUUUUUGUGAACCCGUCGGACUCUGUUGCUGCAAUUGCUGCCAACAUUAUGAGUAUCCCUUAUUUCCAGAAGACUGGGGUUAAAGGCUUGGCCCGUAGUAUGCCAACAAGUGGAGCCCUUGACAAUGUGGCAAAAGCUAUGAAGAUGCAGCUAUACGAGACUCCAACAGGCUGGAAGUUCUUUGGUAAUUUGAUGGAUGCUGGAAAACUUUCCCUCUGUGGGGAGGAGAGCUUUGGAACGGGCUCGGAUCAUAUUCGGGAGAAGGAUGGUCUCUGGGCAGUGCUUGCCUGGUUGUCAAUUUUAGCCACGAGAAAACAGAGUGUUGAGGACAUCAUGAAGGAUCAUUGGCAGAAGUUUGGUAGAAAUUUCUUCACAAGGUAUGAUUAUGAGGAGGUGGAAUCUGAUGGUGCAAACAAGAUGAUGAAGGAUCUGGAAACAGCCAUGAUGGACCCCGCCUAUAUUGGAAAAAAGUUCUCCGCAGGAGAUAAAACAUAUGACGUGGCAAUCGCAGACAACUUCGCCUACACAGAUCCUGUGGAUGGAAGUGUGUCCAAAAACCAGGGCCUCAGGAUCAUCUUCUCUGACGGUUCAAGGAUUAUCUUUCGUCUCAGCGGUACAGGCAGCGCAGGGGCCACUAUCCGGCUCUAUAUUGAUAGCUACGAGAAGGACCCCCAGAAGAUUUACCAAGACCCACAGGUGAUGCUGGCUCCUCUGGUGGACAUUGCCUUGAAAGUGUCUCAGCUUCAAGAGAGGACCGGACGCACUGCCCCCACAGUGAUCACAUGA